GGGCGCGCGGGGGCGGCGGGCGCGGCGCUGCCAAUCGCAGACAAAGGCCGCCCCAGUGAAUCAUGUGGUGCCGGGGGAGGAAGUGCGGCUUGUUUUCUUUCCUCCAGUCUCGGGGCUGCAGACUGAGCGCGAUGCGCGGAGACCCCCGCGGGGGCGGCGGCGGCCGUGAGCCCCGAUGAGGCCGGAGCGCCCCCGGCCGCGCGGCAGCGCCCCCGGCCCGAUGGAGACCCCGCCGUGGGACCCGGCCCGCAACGACUCGCUGCCGCCCACGCUGACCCCGGCCGUGCCCCCCUACGUGAAGCUCGGCCUCACCAUCGUCUACACCGUGUUCUACGCGCUGCUCUUCGUGUUCAUCUACGUGCAGCUCUGGCUGGUGCUGCGCUACCGCCACAAGCGGCUCAGCUACCAGAGCGUCUUCCUCUUUCUCUGCCUCUUCUGGGCCUCCCUGCGGACCGUCCUCUUCUCCUUCUACUUCAAAGACUUCGUGGCGGCCAAUUCGCUCAGCCCCUUCGUCUUCUGGCUGCUCUACUGCUUCCCCGUGUGCCUGCAGUUUUUCACCCUCACGCUGAUGAACUUGUACUUCACGCAGGUGAUUUUCAAAGCCAAGUCAAAAUAUUCUCCAGAAUUACUCAAAUACCGGUUACCCCUCUACCUGGCCUCCCUCUUCAUCAGCCUUGUUUUCCUGUUGGUGAAUUUAACCUGUGCUGUGCUGGUAAAGACAGGAAACUGGGAGAGGAAGGUUAUCGUCUCCGUGAGAGUGGCCAUUAAUGACACGCUCUUCGUGCUGUGUGCCGUCUCUCUCUCCAUCUGUCUCUACAAAAUCUCUAAGAUGUCCUUAGCCAACAUUUACUUGGAGUCCAAGGGCUCCUCCGUGUGUCAAGUGACUGCCAUCGGUGUCACCGUGAUACUGCUUUACACCUCUCGGGCCUGCUACAACCUGUUCAUCCUGUCAUUUUCUCAGAACAAGAGCGUCCAUUCCUUUGAUUAUGACUGGUACAAUGUAUCAGACCAGGCAGAUUUGAAGAAUCAGCUGGGAGAUGCUGGAUACGUAUUAUUUGGAGUGGUGUUAUUUGUUUGGGAACUCUUACCUACCACCUUAGUCGUUUAUUUCUUCCGAGUUAGAAAUCCUACAAAGGACCUUACCAAUCCUGGAAUGGUCCCCAGCCAUGGAUUCAGUCCCAGAUCUUAUUUCUUUGACAACCCUCGAAGAUAUGACAGUGAUGAUGACCUUGCCUGGAACAUUGCCCCUCAGGGAUUUCAGGGAGGUUUUGCUCCAGAUUACUAUGAUUGGGGACAACAAACUAACAGCUUCCUGGCACAAGCAGGAACUCUGCAAGACUCAACUUUGGAUCCUGACAAACCAAGCCUUGGGUAGCAUCAGUUAACAGUUUUAUGGACGAUUCCUCAGACGAAAAGCUUCAGAAAAGUGUAGUGACAGCUGAAUUUUUAGGGCACUUUUCCUUAAGAAAUAGAACUUGAUUUUUAUUUGUUACAGGUUUCCAAUGGCUCCAUAGGACUAAGCAAUAAUGUAGAUUGAUAAACCCUUAUUUUAGUACUAAAGAGGGAGCCUUGCUAUUUCAGUGGGUAUAAUUUAAACUUUUUAAAGAAAAUCUGUACUUUUAUAAAGAUGUAUUUUGUAUAACUUAAAUAAUAAUGCUAAAGUAUACUAGGGUUUUUUUUUUCUUGAGAAUGUUACUGCAAUUAUGUUGUAGUUUGCACAGACUUUUAUGCAUAAUUCACUUUAAAAAUAUAGAAUAUAUGGUCUAAUAGUUUUUUAAAGCUUUUGGACUAAAGUAUUCCUCAAAUCUUACCUCUUCAGGUCACUGAUGGUCACUCCGAUUCUGAGUGCCACACUGGUAGACUCCUAAAAUACAACUGACAACUUAGCCAAUUGCAACUCCAGUGUUGAUAGUUAAAAUGAAACGGUAAAGCAGCAGACUGUAAGGUCUUCAGAGAUUUUUUUUUUUUAAGGUUCAGGCAGUAGGUCCCUCAAAGAAUCUCUUAAGUUUUGCCCAAAGACUGGUACUUCCUUUCAGUAGGGCGCUAAUGUAUACACAUUAAUGAUGAUAAGUUGAUAACAUUAAAAAUGUAGCUGACUUAUCCUAUUAAACCUCCUCUGCUAUAUUCACAGAUUCUGCAUAGUUUUUUUUUUUUUUUUUUUUUUUUUCAGCCUAAUGAAAUCUAAUAUGCAUUACCUCAGGGCCACAUCAAGAGUACACCCCUUUCCAACUCACUGAAUGUUCAUUACAUUCAAGGAGAAAAUAAGAGGGUCCAUAAAGAGCAUUAAUAACAAAUACCUGCUAAGACUAUGUGGUCUUACAAAUAAGAGCUAAGACUAUGGAAUCCUAAUAGUUUUUUCUGUAAUCUCCAACUAUAUUUAAAAUAAUGCCCUUACUUCUAAAUAGCUCUGUAAAGAGCCUGUUGGAAGCUGCACAUUUAAAAAUGGCAAUAGCACUGCAAUAUGCUGGAACAUGAUGCCUGUCAGCCAUGUUCCAGACAAUUCCUUGUAAGUCAUCUUUCAUUUAAGUAAAAAACAUGUUAUGAAAUACUACCUCCCAGACCGGAAGUGCCAUUCUAAAAACUCCACUAUAUAUAUCCUGGAGCCAUAAAACUGCCUAUUGGGAGGCUAAAUGCUCUGCUUUUCUAUAAAACAGAGAUAAGGUUCUAGAGGAACUACUAUUACCAGAAACAAGGCACGUUUCUUCUCUGCUUAGGAAUGCUCAUCUGGGGACAGAGGGAAGGUCCAAUGAAAAGGAAGUCCUGCUACAUGAUGCAACCCAUUUCAGAUGACUUCUCAUUUUCAUCUUCAGGAAUAACUGAUCUCUGGGCAUUGAUUUCACAGAGAUGAAGUCUACUAUUGUUUUGGUAGUAUUUGAAAUUGGGAUCUCAAGUUUCAAAUCGAUCAUCAUUGGGCUUUUCAUUUGUAUAGAACACCUUCACUCUGCAUAAUCCUACGUAACAACAUUCUCGUCUUUCAGUACAUGAAAAAAUUGGGGUAACAUAGCAUUUAAAGUAGUUGUCAGGGAAAAUUCUACACUGAAGUGAACCCUACACUGUUAUUCAAGUUAACACAUCAUAAGCUAUUAUUCUAAAUAGCUUUAACAGAUUAUCGUGGUCACACUGUAUUACUAAUACUUAAUUUAAAGGCAGACUCAGCAUGUUUUAAACUCCUUUAAGUUACAUCUUCAGAAAGUCCUGCAGUCCUUCAGUAUUAGGUCAGCUAAGGGAAGAUAUAUUUUUAAAAAUAGUGAUAAGACUAUCACUAAUGUCAUACUCAUCCUGUAAUAUGUAAACACAGUUCUGUUGUUACUGGCAGAAAAAUUGGAAUACCCAGCAUUAACUGAUAGAAGUCAAUCUACUUUUAUGAUGAAGCUACUGGGAUUUAUUUGAACUAUUAUUUUUGUUGGAUAGUAUAAAAAUGUUCUAAGUGCCUAUUUUUCUCAUUCCCCUUUUAAAAAUGUAAUAAUGCUAAAAUUUCUAGAAGUGUUCUAAACACAGAAUACAAAAAAACUAUGAUUGGUUA